GUCAAGUUCGUGCUCGGGUGCUCGUGUAGACUUUGAUUUUAACUCGCCUCUUUCUUUUAAAAAUGGCGAGUCGCGCUGGAACUUCUAGACGCGUUCCUGAAAAUGAAGCUGCAAUUACUUACGUGCAGUGCGAUGGAUUGGCGGUAAUGAAAAUAGUAAAGCACUGUCAUGAAGAGUCAUACAGUAACAUGGAAGUGGCUCAAGGAGCGCUGCUAGGAUUGGUAGUAGAAAACAGGCUGGAGAUAACGAACUGCUUUCCCUUCCCGAAGCAUGACGACACAAUGGAUGAAGAGGAAUACCAACUUGAUAUGAUGCGAAGACUCCGUCGUGUUAAUGUAGAUCAUUUUCAUGUUGGAUGGUACCAGAGUGCAGAUGUGGGUAAUUUCUUGAGUCAGUCACUGUUGGAGUCUCAGUACCACUAUCAGACGUCAAUUGAAGAAAGUGUUGUAGUUAUUUAUGACACUAAGAAGUCAGCGAGAGGUUUUCUGACUUUGAAGGCCUACCGUCUCACACCUCAAGCGAUUGCGAUGUACAAGGAGAGAGAUUACACUCCAGAGGCAUUACGUAACUUGAAGAUUGGUUAUGAGAGCCUAUUCAUCGAGGUGCCUAUUGUUAUCCGUAACUCGCCACUUACAAAUAUAAUGAUGUCAGAGAUUUCCGAGAUGAUACCCGAGGAGGAAGGUUCCAAGUUCCUCGACCUUGGCACUGCUUCAGUGCUCGAAGGUCAAUUAAGGAGCUUGAUGGAUCGAGUUGACGAACUGAACCAAGAGGCGAUCAAGUUCAACCGUUACCAACUUCUGGUAGUACGUCAGCAGCAAGAUAAACACCGUUGGUUAUUGAAACGUGCCCAAGAAAAUGCAGCCCGAGCUGCUAAAGACGAACCCCCACUACCAGAGGAAGAUGUUAACAAACUUUUUAAGCCACACACAGUACCUCCAAGGCUAAAUCCUAUGAUCGUCGCUGGUCAAAUCAACACAUACAGCCAGCAUAUAAGUCAGUUCUGUUCACAAAGUCUCGCUAAGUUGUAUCUGACACAAGCACUCCAAAACGCUAAGGACACGAAGCAGAAUAACUAGAUUUAUAUUAUUUGUAAUAAAUCCUGAACUGUGUAAA